GUGCGAAGUAGACGUAUUGUUGUACUGAGCAUUCAAUAAUACACGUGCUUUGCGUAAUAGUUUUAUCACAAAAAUAUUAUACCUAACAUACACACGUGGCCUAAGUGUUAAAACGUUUUAUGGUGUCCAUCAGUUAACUAAAGUGAACCAAUUUAUUCUAUUUUUGUAUUCCAAAAAAAAAAAGUGAUUGCGUGAUUUUGAUUUGUGCCAAAUAUUAUUAUUGUUUGUUUUUUAAGUUUUCUGUUUUUUUUUCUGUUAUUUAAAUAAUGAAGUUCACACAAAUUAUGAAUCAACAUUGGAAAACUACAAUAUUUGGAUUUAAAAAUACAAUUGUAGCGGCAUUUAUUUUAUCAGUCUAUACAAGACUGAUAAAUGGUGCGCCACAACAACAUAACCAACACCAUCAAGGAUGUGGACACGAGGAAUUGGUACAAUGUGCACAACGUUUACAUAUUUUAUCGGAUAGUACUGAAUUAACAUUUGUUUCAUCAAAAGCUGAAUUGGAUAAAGUGUGUCCAGGUUUACAUAAAGGUUUAUUAUGUAUACACAGCUACACAUUACGCUGUAUGACACUCAGCCAACGCAAUCAUUUUCAUGAAUUAUAUCGUGGUACAUCAACAGUGAUUAAAGAACUAUGCAAAGAAGGACCAUAUCAAGAAGAAUUUCUACGACAUCUGCCAUGUAUGCACAGUGUAGUCAAAGACUAUGAGAUUUGUACGAUGAGAUAUCAGACAGCCCUUGAAGCAAUUAACAAGCUAGACCGAUCUAACGAAACUAACGAAAAUGAUACCAUUAAAAAUGUAUGCUGUUCAUUUCAAGAAUAUAUGAAUUGUGGAACCAACACGAUGCGACAAUCAUGCGGUGAAGAAGCAGCACAAUUCACUCGUUCAUUUAUGGAUCGUAUGUCUUCGAACCUAAUUAAAUUACAUUGUAUGGAGUAUGGUGAUGAUCAAUGCAGUGCAUCAAGUGCUACCGCAACAUUCGCAUUGAAAACAACAUUAUUAACAGCAUUAACAGCAAUAUUAGUUACAUUAAGAGGCUAUGUACUAUUUAGUUAGAUAUUAAUGGAAAAAUUGUAAUUAAAUAUUAUCAUCAUUAAUUUAU